AUCAUUUACGAAAAAUCAAUAGACCUUUCCUCGUGAUCGACAAGAAACCCUAGUCCACUCUCUCUCUCUCUCUCUCUCUCUCUCCGUCGCUUACGGUUAAAAAAGAGAAAAUAAAAUUUUAAAAAAUUCGAAAACACCAAAAAAUCGACAGAUCAAUUUAGGGUUUCGAAUCGAACUUCACUCUGAGAUCCAAUUGUCAUCAUUGAUGCUCCGGUCGUCUGAUCUUUCGCGAUUCGAUGUUUACGUCGUCGUUUCAUGUUCUCCGAUUGAGAUCUUGUUAGAUAAGGUGAUGAAUACGUGUGAUGGGAUGUGAACUUUGGGGGUUUUGGUUUGGGGUGGUUGGAUUUAGGGUUUGUUGAUGGACUAUAGAGCAGCCGACUCUGGUGGAACAACAUCAAGGAAGUCUAGGUCGUUGGAUCUUCAGAGUUUGUACAAAUCUACUGUUUCAGUUCAACAGGGGGAUAAGAAGAAGAGGAAGAGUGGAGUAGUGGAUGAUGGGAGGGUUAGGAAGAAGAAGAAGAAGAGGAAGACUAGAAGAGAGGUGUCGCUCAAUAGUUUGGAGCCUGCUGGCCAGACAAGUAGGAUAAGUUUAGAUGAGACCCGAGGCGACUCGGCGAGUUCAGAUUCCCUCAAUUCGGGAAAGUUGCAUUCGUGGUUGAAUGGGGAAUUCGGUACCAGUGCCGGGUUUAGCAGCAUUUCUCUUAAUUUGGAUGGUGGUGGUGGAGGAGGUAAUGUUAUUCAGAUUCCAAAGCGCCGACGAGGUUUCGUGGGACGCAAGAGGGUUGAAAGCGUUAAAGUUUCAAGGUCGUGCGGGAAUGUUUCUGGCGUAGUUGCUGGUACUUGUGCUGAUCAAAUUACCAAGUUGAAUGGUGAAUCGAAGAAAUCUGAGGAGAAGGGUUUGUGGCCUCUUGAUGUUAGUUCAGCUGAUCGGAUAGCCAAGUCAGAUGAUGAUUCUGCAUGUAAAGAGAUUGUUCAUCCCAAGGUGAAGGGGAAGAGGGUAGUUGAGGUUUCAAAGGUAGAUAAGAACAGUAGGGUGAAGUCUGCUAGGCAUGCUAAAGAGGAAGAUGGUCAUGUGAUUGUAAAUAAUAAAGGCGAUGCAUCUUCUGGAAAGAGCCGCAGCAGUCAUAGAAAAAGGACGGACCUGGCAUUAGGCAGUGAAAGCCUUGCAAAGAAGGUGGAGCCUCUGGCGGAUAGUUCAAACACGGUAUGUCAUAAUUCCCAAGACGAGGAUGAGGAAAACCUUGAACAGAAUGCAGCGCGGAUGCUCUCUUCUCGAUUUGAUCCGAGCUGCACAAGGGUUCCUUCAGAAAGCAGAUCUUUUGCAUCACCAAGGAGAAAUGGGGUGUCUUUUGUUGUCUCAUCUGGAGAUAUUGCUAGCAGAACAUUGCGACCAAGGAAUCACAAAGGGAAGGGGCUAUUCAGGAAACGAAGGCAUUUCUAUGAGAUUCUUUCCAAGGACUUGGAUGCACAUUGGGUGUUGAACAGGAGGAUCAAGAUUUUUUGGCCGUUGGAUGAGAGUUGGUAUUAUGGCCUUGUGAAUGAGUAUGACUCCAAAAGAGACCUUCAUCAUAUCAAGUAUGAUGACCGAGAUGAAGAAUGGAUUAACCUUCAAAAUGAAAGGUUUAAACUCUUGGUUUUUCCUAGUGAAAUUCCUCGUAAGAUGGAGCCAGAAAGAGGAACUGCUGGAAAUAAACAUGAUGACAAUGGGAUAAGAGACUCUACCGCGGAUGAUGAUAGCUUUAUAGGCUGCUAUACAGACUCAGAGCCCAUCAUCUCAUGGUUGGCUCGUUCUUCUCGCCGGGUGAAAUCUUCUCCUCUUGGUGUUUCAAAAAGACGUAAAACAUCUCAUCCAUCGUCUAAUUUUUUGCCACUUGUGUUGUCUGCCAAGCCUAAUGAUGCAAACGGCUGUUUGGACAUGGGUUUCUCAGCAAAGAAUAUGCAUGAAUCUAGUAGUUCUGCUUUGCCAGACAAAUCCCUUGAUGCCAGCAUGGGUAAGAAGUCUGUGUUGGAAGGCAGUAAUAGCUCCAAAGAUAGCAAAGCACCAGUUGUUUAUUUUAGGAGGCGGUUUCACAAGAAAGGCGAAGCAUUGUUCAAUGCACCAGAUGACAAGAAGGCAUGUGGAAGCUCCCCUCUUGCCCCUGUUAUUCAAGGCUUCCGUGCUUCUCAAGUUUGUGAAAUUUUACUUGGACAAAUGGAUCCCGAGGGGCUAUUUUGGUCUGUUAAUAAUUCAGGCUUGUUGAAAGUGACUAUUGGCUUGGUAGAAUAUAUGGGGUUCAGGUUUGAGUUAAGCUCCUCAGUUUCUGUCCUGCGGUACCUCGGUGCAGACAACUCUUGGUUGUUCCGCACUAUGUUCCUGCUUUACUAUGGCACUGUUACGAUUACAUGGCCUAAGAUUCAUCUGGAAAUGCUAUUUGUUGAUAAUUUCAUUGGAUUGAGGUUCCUGUUGUUUGAAGGUUGCUUAAAGCAGGCUAUGACCUUUGUUUUUCUCAUCCUGACAGCAUUUUAUCAACCUAAUGAACAGAUGAAGUAUGCUGAUAUGCAAAUUCCAGUAACUUCAAUCAGGUUUAAACUUUCUAGCAUUGAAGAUUUUACAAAGCAGCAUGCAUUUGCAUUCUUUAGCUUCUCCAAAGUCAAAAGGUCGAAGUGGCUGUUCCUAGAUUGCGAGCUCCGGCCACAUUGUUUGCUCACCAAGCAUCUACCUGUGUCUGAGUGCACAUACGAUAACAUCAAGGCUCUGGAAGGUGGUUGUAAUCAGAUGCACAAAAGUUCUAUUGACAGGGAGCUAUCUGCAUUUGAGGGUUGGAGGAAGAAGUCUAUGCCGGGUGGUAUGACUCGUGGGGCUCUCAAAGAGUCAUCCAUGCAUCAAUAUUCUUCUAACUGUGAUUUGAAGCAUGGAAAGUUUCUUCCAUUUGCUCUUUCUUUUUCUGCUGCGCCUACUUUCUUUCUUAGCUUGCAUCUCAAGCUGCUAAUGGAAAAUAGUGUUGCUAGCAUCAGUCUUCGCGAUCAUGAUUUGAUGUAUUCACAUGAGCAUUCAGAUAACACAGGCACUACAAUUGGCUGCACUCUAAUUCGGGAUUGCUCCAAAAGUGUUUCAGAAAUCACUCAGUGUGAUCAGGAACCUGCUGAAUCACGUAGAUGGUUGCUUUAUCCUAAACAACACUUGGGUACCCACGGUAUUUCAGGAUGCAAUGAUGGUGGCGUGGUAAAAUCAUCUCAGGAUGUCCAAAAUGGCAACUUAAGUAUUGUUGAAACUUCUGCUUCCUCCAGACAUCCUGUGGAAAACUCGUGCCAUGUAAUUGUGCAAUCACAGAAGUUGGGAUGCAGCAGGGUAGAGUUAGAAAAGUGUAUUACCUCACCAGAGUCUCUAGUUGGCAAAGAUCAUGUGUCUGUGGGCGUGCCUGAUUCCAGUUGUUACUCUAGUUUAACUGGUCUGAGUGUUGAAAUUCCAUUUUUGGACCAAAAUGAAAUGCCUGCCAACGGUAAAACACCCAAUUCUGCAGAGUCUUCUGAUCUAGCUUGGAAUGCGAGUGACGCCAUUGGGUGCAAUCCCUACCCUAGGGGUCCUAGAAGUAUUUGGCAUCACAAUAGAGAAAGCUUAAAUUCUUCUUCCAGAGAUGCAUCCCCUUUAUGGGCCAACGGAAGGACAGACUUUAUCCGCAAUGGCUUUGGCAAUGGACCUAAGAAGCCACGAACUCAGGUUCAUUACACUUUGCCUUCUGGAGUCUCAGAAUUCGGUGCAAUGCACAAAAUGCAUACCCAGAGAGGGGUUCCUUACAAACGAAUCAGGAAAGCUAGUGAGAAGCGAACAUUACAUGAUUCUAGAAAUUCUCAUAGAAGAAACCUGGAAUUUUUGGCUUGUGAUGCAAAUGUGUUGAUUACAAUUGGGGAUAGAGGGUGGAGAGAAUGUGGAGCACGAAUUGUAUUAGAGCUUGUGGAUCACAAUGAAUGGAGACUUGCAGUAAAACUCACUGGGACAACAAAGUAUUCAUACAAAGCACAUCAGUUUCUGCAGCCUGGCUCAACAAAUCGUUACACACAUGCUAUGAUGUGGAAAGGAGGAAAGGAUUGGGUCUUGGAGUUUCCCGACAGGAGCCAGUGGAUACUUUUCAAGGAGAUGCAUGAAGAGUGCUAUAAUCGGAACAUUCGUGCUGCUUCAGUUAAGAACAUCCCUAUUCCUGGAGUUCGCCUGAUUGAAGAAAGUGAUGAUAAUGGAACAGAGUUGCCAUUCGUUCGCAGCUCUCCCUUGUACUUUCAGCAGGUUGAAACUGAUGUUGACAUGGCUAUGGAUCCCUUAAGUAUCUUAUAUGACAUGGAUAGUGAUGAUGAACAGUGGAUUUCAGAAAAUCAAAACUCUUCACGUGAUCAUGGAUGUAAAUGUGAAGAGAUCUCUGAAGAGUUGUUUGAGAGAACGAUGGACGCUUUUGAGAAAGUUGCGUAUGCCGAACAGCGCGAUCACUUUACUUCUGAUGAAAUGGAAAAUUUCAUGGGUGGAGUUGCGCCUUUGGAAGUGAUUAAAUUGAUCUAUAAGCAUUGGCGACUGAAGAGGCAAAGAAAAGGGAUGCCGUUAAUUCGUCAUCUACAGCCUCCAUUGUGGGAGCGUUAUGAGCAGCAGGUGAAAGAGUGGGAGCAUGCAAUGGCCAAAGCCAACAGUACCCUCCCCAACGGAUGCCAGGACAAGGCUACACCCAUGGAAAAACCACCAAUAUAUGCUUUCUGUUUAAAACCUCGUGGGUUGGAGGUGCCCAACAAGGGUUCAAAACAAAGGUCGCAUCGGAAGUUUCCAGUUUCUGGGCACAGCCAUGCUUUCCUGGGAGAUCACGACGGGCUUCAUGCUUUUGGGAGAAGAUCAAAUGGAUUUGCUUUUGUGGACGAGAAGGUUAUGUUUCAGGGAAAUAGCCAUGAAUCUUCCGAUGCUUCCCCAUUGUUUCAGCCGUCAAGAGCAUUCUCACCACGGGAUGCUAGUGGCUCUGGAUAUUUCUCAUUGAACAAUGAUUGUUCCGACUGGAAUUAUCCAAAACUUCAUAGAAACAAGUCAAAGAAGAUUGGGACGCUUCUAUCCCCAUCCCUAAAUAGUCCACAGAUGUUGGCCUCAUACAAUCAGAGAACAACAAUAGGGAGGAGAAACGGGGUUCACUGGUGGAAUAUGGGAUCACCGGAGUGGCCAAAUCAGAAGCACUACCCAUUGGAUGGAUCUCUGAGGCAAAGUGUUGAACAAUUGGACGGCCCAGAUCUUGAUGAGUUCAGGCUGCGAGAUGCGUCUGGUGCUGCUCAUCAUGCGCUAACUAUGGCGAGGCUCAAGAGGGAAAAGGCUCAGAGAUUGCUUUACAGAGCAGAUUUGGCGAUCCACAAGGCUGUAGUUGCACUCACGACUGCCGAGGCAAUCAAGGCUUCUUUUUCUGAGGACUCUAAUGGCAUUGAGAAGGAUGACAAUGUGAAAUUAGAGUGAGGGUUCGUAUAGGUUUUGAUUUUGACAAAUUUUUUUGGCUAUAGUGGCUCUGAAUUUUCUUUCGUUCAAUGGUGGCGGCUUUUCAUCAUUGGCUGUAGAUUCCAAAGAAGUGAACUUCUAACAUGAGGGCUGUGAGCAGUUGGAGGAGCAGGACCUGUUGCUUUUUCUGCAUUGGUGGUGAUCCUUCAAUGCCGUAGCGUUUCAUUAUUAAGGCAGUUUUGUUACAUACCGUCCCCAUUCUGCGCACUAGUAAUCUUUUUCCAAGCAGCAAGUUUUCUCAGUGUAACGUGGGCCGAGUCAGCCCUUUUGCUGGUAAGGGGUCUGGAAUGUUCAUUGCCAGUUAUUGUACAGAUAUUUUUGCUUUUCUCUCUUUCGUUGUUCCUUUUCUACUCUUGACCUUGGUUCAAGUGUUUGAUGUGGAAGGAGCAAUUUGGCCCUAAUAACAAAAUACACUCUGGAAUUGAAGUACGGAAUCCUUUGUGAGUUAACUUUUGGACCAGUUGCUAUUUAUGUAGAGAGUGCCUCGUCCCUUGGGAAAUGAGGAGGAAAACAAAUCCUGUAAUUAUUCAAUAUAGAGGCUUAGAAGUUGUAGCUUCUUGAGGCU